GACACGAGAGACACAUGUAAGGGGCAAUGAGAAGCUGAAGAAGAGAGCAAAUAAAUCAAGAAAGUGAAGAGUUGAAAGCAUCAUGGUUGCGAUCUCAGAGUUUCAGAAGAUUGGUGUGGGUUUGUCAGGCUUCGGCAUUUUCUUCCUUGUGUUUGGAGUGUUGCUGUACUUUGACUCUGUCUUGUUGGCAUUUGGUAAUAUCUUGUUCCUGACUGGUCUGGCCUUCAUCAUUGGCCUGAGGAGAACGGCUCACUUCUUUUUCCAGAGGCAAAAGCUUAGAGCCUCCUCCUUUUUCCUGGGUGGUGUGGCUUUAGUGGUGCUCCGAUGGCCACGCAUAGGCAUGCUCGUGGAGAGUUAUGGCUUUGUGCUUCUGUUUAAGUCGUUCUUCCCAAUGGCUUUUGGAUUUCUUGGAACGGUUUUGAAUAUGCCAUUCCUCACUACACUAUUUAAUUACUCAGGAAGCAGCUCCUCUAUGGUGUAAGAGUUCUCACAAAGAUGACGGCACAGUGAAGCAUGUGAAUACCAAGAUACAAGUGUAGAUCAAGUACUGUGGUGUGUGGUGGAUUUUGGGGAACAAAAGACUAUAAAACAUAUCCAUGAAGCACACCUUGAACUCACUGAUCAGCCAAGUGUGAACUGCAUGUUGCUGUUUUUUUUGUCUGUAUGGAAUGUAUACUAUUUUAAGAAUAUUUUAAUUUGUGUAUUAUUUUGAAUAAACCCAGUGUUACUUU